UCCUUGGCGUACCACCUCAACUCACUUUACCCUGGUGCGGGUCUUGAUAGGAUUCAGGCCACCAGGAGAUGGUGCGUAGAUGCGGUGAUAGUAUACAAACUGGCGACCUGCCACGUCAGGAGUGGGGGAGAGGUGGGCAUCAUCCCUCCUGUGUCGAGUGGAUAA